AUGGUUCCGAGUGAAAUUAAUGAAUCAAUUUUUACUCAUAUUGAAAUGACUUUUUCAAAAACAACGUUUGAAUUUAGACGUGAUGGUUUAGAGAAAGCUCUAACAAAAGUACUUUCAGAAAAGGAAAUGAUUCAUAUUAAUGAACUUUUAAAUCGAAUAUUUUUUGAACUAUUACAUUCUGAUUUAUCAGAUGUUAUUUAUCCUACUUUGCCAAAUUUAAAUGAAUUUCAAAAUGGAAUUAUUGCUCAAAAUGGUCCGAUAUUACUUGAAAUUGUUGAAUGUAUAGAGGUUGGAAUACCUACUUAUAAAUUAUUACAAAUUCUGAAUGAAUUUGAAUCAACUCAAGCAAAUAUUACAGAAGAGAAUAAUAGAGAAUCAGAAAAACAGUUAGAAUUUCCGAGAAAAAUGUUAUAUUUACUUUUGUCUGAUGGACAACAGAAAAUUAAAGGAAUGGAAUAUAAACGAAUACCUGAGCUUAGUCUAAACACACCCAUUGGUAAAAAGGUUUUAAUAAAUAAUGCGAAAUAUGCAGAGAAUGUGUUAUUUCUUACGCCCGAAAAUACAUUCAUUUGUGACGGAUUUGAAUGGACAUCUCGUAGACUCGGAGAUUUAAAACUAACUUUCAUGGAAAUAUUAGGAAUGACAAUAGACGAGAGCAUAGAAGAUGAAUCACAAAUCUCAUUUAAUACUUUGCAUCCGUGUGAUAAUCCAGCUUUUCUAUCUGGUGUUACGGGUGGCAGAUUGGCUAGAGUUGUAUUUGAAGAUGUCCCAAAUAUGCCAGAUCUUACAAAAUUGAAAAGAUUUUUGCUUAAAGCUGAAACAUCAAAUCAACAUCCGAGAAUAGUACCUUUAUAUAAUAAAAACUCAUGUCCCGAGCCGAUAUUCAGGAAUUCAACUCGACCUAAUAUUAUAACGAGAGUCCCAUAUCAGGAACCGAUAUUUAACAAUCUAAUACAAUGUAAUUCUUCUGCUAGAACAUCAUUUAAUCCUGAACCACAAUUUGAUAAUUCAGCACGAUCUAAUUCAUUAUCGAGAACUUUAAUUCCGCGAUCUAAUUUAGAUGAAAAAACACCAUUUAUUAAACCAACUUUUAUUGCUUCAUCAAAACGUUCUAAUUCAGAAGAGGAUAGAUCGUCUUACUACAAUACAUCCCGUUCUCAUUUAUCAAUAUCUUCGAAUGAACCAGACUUUAAUGCAUCACCAAUUCGAUCUAAUUCUGGAUUGAAAGAAACCGAACAGAAAGUUUCCUCCUCAAUGCUAUCUAAUUGUGGUAUAGAUCCGUUUUCCGUACAAGAUGACCUCUCUUAUAUGUUAAUUGAAGAAAAAUUUAUUCCAGUUGACAUACGCACAAAUAAUGAUAAUGACAAGAAGCAGAAUCAAGAUUUCUUUGACGAUUUUCGUAAUGAUGACAAUAUGGUUCUUAUAGAUUCCGAUGACUGUGAUUUACCACCGGCUGAUGUUUUAUGUCACAAUAAAAAGGACGUUAUGGUUAUUAUCGAAGAAGCAAACGAUCCUAAUCAUAUUUCUAAAGAAACUAAGAAUAAAUUAUUGUCGCUUUUUGAAAAUCUUGAAGACGAAUAUAAAGCGAUGUCUUCAGAAUCAGAUAUUCAACUGCCUUCAGAACAUAGUUUGAGUAUCAGUAAAGAUUUCUCGGCAGAACAUAAUUCAACAGACAAUAAUAAGAAGCGCUCUUGGCUAUACGAGGAAAUCGACUGCGAUAGCGAUACGAGUCUAGAAAUUCCACCUUUAAAGAAGGUUCAUACAGACGAUCAUGAAAAGAAAUUAGAUGGUGGAAGCUUAACUAAUCCUAUCCAUUUGGAUUAUGAUGAUAACGAUUAUGAAAUGGAUUUAGGUUGA